UGAUCCGGUCUCAAAAUCAGUUGGCACAUUUCCAAUGACUAUGGCGCGAGGUGGCACAUUCGAGGAAAUGUUUACUAUUACUUUUAUUAUUUUUAUUUUGACUGGACUCAGUGCCGCUAGAGUACCAUUGGAGGCACCUCUUGGGGGUGACAAGCUGCAAUCGAGAAGUCACUUGGAAUAUAAUGAAGAUGCACAUCUUACGGCUAGAGAGCUAAUCACUAAAUAUGGAUAUCGAGGUGAGACACACAGGGUGGAAACCAGUGAUGGACACAUCCUGGAGCUUCACAGGAUAACUGGACCAAAGGGUAAUGGACGACCAUUCGGAAAACCAGUGGCUUUCCUCAUGCACGGUCUACUCUCAAGUUCUGUAGACUGGCUCAUUUCUGGACCUGAGAAAGCAUUCGCUUAUAUGCUUGCUGAUCACGGCUACGACGUAUGGCUGGGGAAUGCACGUGGGAAUAGUUACUCCAGGAAGCACAAGAAGUACUCGGUGUUGGACAAGAAUUUCUGGAUGUUCAGCUGGCAUGAGAUUGGAGUUGAAGACCUACCAGCGAUGAUUGAUUAUGUCCAGAAGACCACCAAGAAGGACAAGAUUUUCUACAUUGGACACAGCCAGGGGACAACAUCUUUCUUUGUCAUGUGCUCUGAAAAGCCACAGUACAACGACAAGAUUCACGCGAUGUUUGCUAUGGCACCUGUUACCUACAUGAAGCACAUGAGUAGUCCUUUCUUCAGGAUCCUCAGCCGGUUUGAUAAUCUGUUGGUUGGCGCUCUGGAAGCUCUUGGAACUUACGAAUUCAAACCGACUGAUGAUUUCCUGAAUCGCGUCAAGACAAUGGCGUGUGAUGAAGAAGCUUCCACACAGCCACUCUGUGAAAAUAUUAUGUUCCUCAUCGGGGGAUAUGGAACUGACCAGAUGAAUAAGACAUUAUUGCCAGCUAUUUUGGGUCAUGUUCCUGCAGGCUCAUCUGCCCGCCAACUUCUUCACUACGCGCAACUCAUGAAAUCAGAUGGAUUCUCAAGAUACAAUCAUGGGAUUUGGGAGAAUCUGAAGAAAUAUGGGCAAUUCUCACCUCCAAAAUACGAUCUCUCGAAAGUAACGGCUCCAGUUGUUCUUCAUUACUCUCUAAACGAUAUUUUCUCGCACGUCAAAGAUGUUGAUCGACUUGAGGAACAGCUGCCUAAUGUCCACUCGAGGUUGAGAGUUCCCAAUCCCAAAUUCGCUCAUUUGGACUACAUGUGGGGUGUUGAUGCCUAUCGACUUCUUUAUAAUAAAACAAUCCUGAUGAUGAACCGUCUGCACGAAAAGCACGAGCUUGAGGAUUGAUGGAAUUCCCAGCGGCUUUACCCAUGUGCUAUUAUCUUGUAUAGUACUCUAAUGGAAAUUACAUUGAAUAUACUAAAUGGAUAAUAAACAAUUUUUAUACUUUUAA